CUUCCUCUUCGGUGUGAAAUGUGUCUCGUCUUCUUAUUCUUAUUCUUCGUGUGAUGUGAGAUGAACUUCUCAUUUCAGGUUUUCUGACACGUCGAGAUGCACAAACCACCGAAGGAGCGGAUGAAGAACGACCCGAAGACCUGCGAACAGCAGCCGGUCACCGGCUGCCUGCUGAGCGCAGCCUUCUUCGGUGCUCUGGGGUCGUCCUUCAUCUACGGCUACAACCUGUCGGUGGUCAACGCUCCGGCUCUGUACAUCAAAGCGUUCUACAACAGGACGUGGGUCCAGAGAUACGGAGAACCUCUGGCGGUGGAGACGGCCACCCUCCUCUGGUCCGUCACCGUCUCCAUAUUUGCCAUCGGAGGCCUCCUGGGGGCGCUGUCCGUCUCCGUGAUCAUCAAAGUGCUGGGCAGAAAGGGAACCUUGCUGCUGAACAACAGCUUCGCCCUCCUGGCUGCUCUGCUGCUGACUCUCGGGGAAAGGGCCCAAUCCUUUGAGAUGCUCAUCAUCGGUCGGCUCAUAAUUGGGGUUGACUCUGGUAUCGCUCUCAGCGUCCUCCCCAUGUACCUGGGAGAAAUUACUCCGAGACAUAUCCGAGGGUCCAUCGGCCAGUUCAACGGCAUCCUCAUCUGCUUCGGGGUGUUCACGGGACAAGUGCUGGGUCUGCCCGAGCUGCUGGGUCAGGAAGCCCGAUGGAGCUACCUGUUCUCCUUCCUGGCGUUGCCGGCGAUGCUGCAGCUGUGCGUGCUGCCCUUCCUCCCGGAGAGUCCUCGCUACCUGCUGAUAGAGAGGAAGGAUGAGGCCGGGGCCAAGAGAGCCUUCCAGAGGUUUCUGGGGAAGAAGGACGUGUCCCGGGAGCUGGAGGAGGUCCGUGCGGAGGCCCAGGUUCAGGACAACAUGCACACCGCCUCUGUGCUCCAGCUGCUGAGGAACCCGGCGGUUCGAUGGCAGCUCAUCACCAUCGUCAUCAGCAUGGCCUGCUAUCAGCUCUGCGGCCUCAACGCCAUCUGGUACUACACCAGUGGGAUCCUUCGGGAGGCGGGCUUUGCCGAGAACCUUCUCCCCUACAUCACCCUGAGCACCGGGGCCGUCGAGACGCUGGCGGCCAUCAUCUCGGGCUUAGUGAUAGAACGGAUCGGGAGGAAGCCGCUCCUCAUCUUCGGGUUCUCGUCCAUGGCCGUUUUCUACAGCCUCCUCACGGUGUUCCUCAAGUUCCAGGACAGCCAGUCAUGGAUGCACUACCUCAGUUACGCCUGUAUUCUGGCGGUGAUCGCGUCCUUCUGCUCCGGGCCAGGUGGCGUCCCCUUCGUGUUGACCGGGGAACUGUUUGAACAGUCGUACCGGCCGGCCGCCUUCACGGUGGCCGGCACCGUGAACUGGCUCUCCAACUUCACCGUCGGCCUCGUGUUCCCCAUCCUGCAGGAGAAGCUGCAGUCCUUUGCCUUCUUGCUGUUCGUGGUGGUCUGCGUCUUCGGGUCAGUCUUCCUCUACGCCGUCCUCCCUGAGACCAAAAACAAAACAUUCAUGGAUAUCAGUCAGAGCUUUGCCAAGAUCAACCAAAUCCCCGUGCCCUCCCCCGGCCAAGAAACGGAGCUGGUUCUGUCGGGCGAGCGCAGCACGGAUGGAAAAGUGCACGAUGUCGCCAAGAUGGAGAGUUCCUUCUAGGCCGACGGGGCACGGACGCUGUGGAGAAGCCUGGUCGUGGUUUUUGUUGCUGUACAUAUUUAUUUAAUGACUGGUCAAUCAAAUUAAAUCAAUGAUCGAUG